AUGCUGCCUCCAAGAAAUCUGAAAGAAGCCCAACAUCUUACCGGACGGAUAACAACUUUAUCAAGGUUCAUCUCAAAAUCUGCCGACCGGAGCUUGCCCUUUUUCAAAAUCCUGCGUCGAGCCACAAAGUUUCAAUGGGAUGAAGAAUGUGAUCGGGUGUUCGAAGAACUCAAGUCUUAUCUCAAUUCUUUGCCCGUGCUCGCCAAGCCGGUUGUUGGUGAACCCCUAAGAAUCUACCUAUCCUUGACCGAGCAUGCGGUCGGCUCGGCUCUUGUAAGGCCAAACAGCGAGGAGCAGCCUGUAUACUUUUUGAGCCAUAUAUUGAAAGACACUGAAUCUUGCUACACCGGCCUCGGAAAGCUCGCAUUCACGUUAAUACUGGUUGUUCGGAGGCUUCACCCAUACUUCCUCGCACACACUAUCAUUGUGAGAACCAACAGUCCCCUGGGACGAGUCCUCCUCAACCCGGAAGCCUCCGGACGGUUGAUCAAGUGGACAACAGAGCUUAGCGAAUUCGAUAUCCAGUAUCAAUCCCGAACUUCUAUUAAGACACAAUCUUUGGUAGAUUUCGUCACCGAAGUACAAAACCCCAAGGCGGAGGCCACGUGGCGGAUAUAUAUAGACGGAUCGUCCACUCGGCAAGAAGGGGGAAUUGGUGUGCUGCUAGUUUCUCCUUGGGACGAACGGAUGCAUCUGGCCGUCCGGCUAGACUAUCGGGCCACCAAUAAUGAGGCCGAGUAUGAGGCCCUCAUAGCCAUCUUACAGGCCGCACGACAUGUGGGAGCAGUCAAGGUUUUGAUCCACUCAGAUUCUCAGCUAGUCGCUCAGCAACUUGUCAGAAACUUUGAGAUAAGCAAUCCAAGGCUCAGACUCUACGCCGAGGCAUUUGAAAGGCUAAAGGGCAAUUUUGAAGAAGUGAUCAUACAAAAGAUUCCUCAAUCAGAAAAUCAAGCUGCUAAUGAUUUAGCCAAGCUCGCCAGUUCCAUAUCACCAGUCGUUAUUCAACAAUCGGUCGAACAGGUAGCCCUAGUAGCUCACGUAGACAGGAUGGAAGGGCUCAACUUUCCCCAUGACUGGCGGACGAUCAUAAUGGAAUUCUUGAAGUCCGGGGCCACACCCUCCGAUCGGGAGGAAACACAUCUGCUUCGAAGAAGGGCUGGUCAUUUCGCCCUGAUCGGAGAACAACUUUAUAAGAAAGCAUUCUCCCAGCCUUUACUUAAGUGUGUCAGUCCAGAAGACGUUGACUAUAUACUACAAAAGGUGCAUCAAGGGUCCUACGGAGGACAUCCGGGCGACCGCUCAUUAGCAAGAAAGGUCCUUUAG